AAUUUUUACUUUAUUAAAGAAAACUCUCACUUUCAAAUAACUUAUAAAUAUUCGAAAACGUAGCAAAGCCCUUGUCUUUCAAAAUUCUCGUGUUGAAUUCGUUGGGGGAAAAAAGGACAAUUUAGAAAAGGGAAAGAUAGGGAGAUCGAUCGAUCGAUCCACGAAGAUCUAAAAAUUUGUCGGGAAGCUAAUCUGGUCCUUCCUUCCCCACAUUCGACGGUUUUCGGACCCAAGUCGGUGGUGGCAACCCGCAGAUUCGCCGUGAGAUCCCACAGGAACGGGAGUUCCUCUUGCCAAACUCGCAAAUCUCCGACUCCGUCUGUGAUGAAUCGAGGGUCGAUCGCUGAGGAGAUUUCCCUAGUUGAAAGGGCGUUGUUUUGACGAAGUAAUUGGUUUCUUACGGAGAUAAUAAUAAUAGGGUUUGAUUGCAUCGCCUGGAGGGAUGCCGGAUACCCGGCCGGUCCAGAGCAAUGCCGUUGCCAAUUCCUCCGAUGCUUGUACGGAUAACCUUGAAGAAGCCAUGUGGCAGUUAAAGGUCGAGGAUUGCAAGGGGGGAGCCGGGGCUUUCCCGAAUCUGUAUCCCGAUCGCCCUGGUGAGCCUAACUGCAUAUACUAUCUGAGGACAGGGUAUUGCGGCUAUGGGAGUAAUUGCAGAUACAAUCAUCCUACUUACAUUGGGCAGGGGACUCUAUAUAGUGGUGAACUCCCUGAGAGAGAUGGUCAACCUGAUUGCCAGUUUUUCCUAAAGACUGGUACUUGUAAGUUUGGAGCAACCUGUAAAUAUCAUCAUCCACGAGACAAGCAUGAAGCACGGCCAGUUCAGCUGAAUUUUCUGGGUUUACCAAUGCGGAAGGAAGAAAAGUCCUGUCCCUAUUACAUGAAAACUGGACUCUGUAAAUUUGGAAUUGCUUGCAAGUUCAAUCAUCCCCAGCCUACCCACCAUGCAGCCAUGUUACCUGUAACAGGACCCUCAACCAAUGGAUCUACGGGAUCUUCUGUAGCAACUCCAUCUGGACAGCCUUUAGUUGCUGGACUUUCAGCAUGGUCUUUGUCAACAAUCGCUUGCACGUCUAAUCCACGUAUGCAAGGCCUCCCUUACAUGUCUCUUGUUCUUCCACUCACCCAAGGCACUAUGCCUGUACAACAUGGAUGGAGCAUGUACAUGGGUGGUGUAAACCAUGUCCCUUCGACCGAUGUUGUUGGGCCUAAUCAGAUUUCCAACCCCAAGCAUCCUGCACUUUUGGGUUCCAGUACACCAGUAAAUUUCCCUGAAAGACCUGAUCAGCCAGAGUGCCAGUAUUACAUGAAAACUGGGAGCUGCAAAUUUGGAACUUCUUGCAAGUUCCAUCACCCAAAAGAGAGGAACCAAGAAGCUAUUUGCACGAUUGGACCCCUUGGGCUUCCUCUAAGACCAGGCCAGCCUGUGUGCACCUUUUACAGUAUGUAUGGGAGCUGCAAGUAUGGUUCAACUUGCAAAUUUGAUCACCCAUUCAUGGGUUACUACAACUACUCCUUGCCUGCAUUAUCUGUUCCAGACCCUCCUGUUCUCUUCCCCAAAACGGUGAGGUUGCCUGAUCAGCAUGUGAAGUAUGAGACAGGUGAUGAACCCCAGGACUCAAAUGACCAUAAUCAUGGCAAUCCUUCUACACAAGCUUCUCCAUCCCAUACUGCUCAUUCUGAGUCUCCAGGAAAAUACUCCGAUUGAUAUCAGCUUUUCAUAUUUACAUCAGUUCCAUCCAUGGAAAUUUUGACAUCUCUGCCUCCUGUAGCACCAUUUUUGCCUGCGGCUGUGUGGUCUGAGUUGGGUUGUCCAAAGAUUCAUAUAGUGUGUUCUGGCAGGAGGCAAUAGGUCUUUUGUGGUGAAUAAAAUGGAGGUAAGAAUUUAAGUCAAGUUACUAUUAUUUGACAAAUUGAUGUCUAUUUCUUCUGAGAAAAAUCUGAGACUGCUGAAGGGAUGAGUGUGAUUUCUGUCUACACUAUGUUAUAGCUAGUCUGUCAAAAUAAUGGUGUAUGGAACUUUCAACAACCAUUGCUACAGAAGUAAAUUCUCAAACAAACCACAGAUGGAACAUAUCUCUAUCAUAUUUACAUGGACAUAUGAAUUAAAAGGAGUUUGAUA